GUCGCCAUGGUGACGGGGUUGUUCCCGGGACCCUGAUGGCUUGACAGGUGCGUGACAAUCCAGCUCUUCAAGCAUGUACGCCAAAGGCAAGAGUAACACUGUACCUUCUGACAGCCAAGCCAGGGAAAAGUUAGCACUGUAUGUAUAUGAAUAUCUACUCCACGUAGGAGCACAAAAAUCAGCACAAACAUUUUUAUCAGAGAUACGAUGGGAGAAAAACAUAACGUUAGGAGAACCACCAGGUUUCUUACAUUCGUGGUGGUGUGUAUUUUGGGACCUUUACUGUGCAGCACCUGAAAGAAGAGAAACUUGUGAACAUUCGAGUGAAGCAAAAGCCUUUCACGAUUAUAGUGCAGCAGCAGCUCCCAGUCCAGUACUAGGAAACAUUCCCCCAGGAGACGGAAUGCCAGUAGGCCCAGUACCACCGGGAUUCUUUCAGGGACCACCAGGUUCACAGCCCUCUCCACAUGCACAGCCUCCACCACAUAAUCCCAGCAAUCCCAUGAUGGGACCUCACAGCCAGCCUUUCAUGUCACCUCGUUAUCCAGGAGGCCCCAGGCCACCUCUCAGAAUACCUAACCAGUCACUUGGAGUAGUUCCAGGAACACAGCCAUUGCUGCCGAGUGGAAUAGACCCAACGCGACAGCAAGGACAUCCAACCAUGGGUGGACCAAUGCAGAGAAUGACUCCACCACGGGGGAUGGUUCCCCCCUUAGGACUGCAGAGUUACGGUGGAGGAAUGAGGCCCCCACUGAAUGCUUUAGGUGGCCCAGGCAUGCCAGGAAUGAACAUGGGUCCCGGAGGUGGUCGACCAUGGCCAAACCCACCGAAUGCCAACUCGAUACCAUAUUCAUCCGCAUCACCUGGAAAUUAUGUGGGUCCCCCAGGUGGUGGAGGACCUCCAGGAACUCCUAUCAUGCCUAGUCCAGGAGAUUCAACCAACUCCAGUGAUAAUAUGUAUACUAUGAUGAAUGCCGUUCCACCUGGGGCUACCAGGUCUAACUUUCCUAUGGGCCCUGGCUCAGAUGGCCCAAUCGGUGCUAUGGGAGGAAUGGAACCACAUCACAUGAAUGGAUCAUUAGGCUCAGGAGAUAUGGACGGCAUUUCCAAAAAUUCUCCCAGUAACAUAAGUAUGAGUAAUCCGCCUGGUACUCCACGAGACGAUGGAGAAAUGGGCGGCAACUUCCUAAAUCCCUUUCAGAGUGACAGCUAUUCUCCAAGCAUGACAAUGAGUGUGUGAUCUUGUAUCCCCCCCCUCAUGAUCAAGGCCUGAAUGGUUUGCCUCUUAAAACGUGAAAUAAGUACAUCCAAGAGAAGAAUGAAAUAUUUUACAAAGCUCUGCAGAAAAAGAGGUUUUGAUUCUAGCAAAGACCCUGUUGUUCUGCAAAUGACAGGUGUCUCAUUGUGUACUGAAAGCGGGUCCAAAAUAUUCUUUUUAAGUUUACAAAACCUCAGAGACUGAACGGUUCAACCAUUUUAAUGUAGGAGUUGCCUAAUCUAGGCAAAACACAGUAACUUACGUGACUUCCCAUAGUUAAGUAAGACAUGGUGUGCUUGAUUCAGCUGUUUGAAAGAAUGCAGUAACAAUACAGCUUAAUGUGAGUCUACUUUCUUCUGUUUUUCCCUUCCAAUUCACUUUUUAGUCUCAAUAUCUCAGAAGUUAUGUUACUUGUAAUUUUGUAAUGUAUAAACAAGCUCCUGAUGAUACCUCUUUUUAUGCUUUAUAUGACAUCAUUGCUACUCAGCAGAACAAAUAUAUUAGCCAAACACUGUAGGAUAUAUGUGGAAGGGAAAAAGAAAAGCUAAUGAAUACCUUGCACUUAAUGUUGUGUUCAGUAAGUGUUAUUCAUUAAUUAAAACUACAUUAAUUGUCAUGUGAUAUAGGAGAGAGCCGAUCAUUUAAUGAUAGAGUACAGUGGUGGAUUCGGGUCCUUAACUACAGUUCUGGCAUAUCGAUGUUGAAUACUAGAUGGACUAUGCUUAUGGUCACUGACAACAGCCAAUAAGUGCUAUAGUAAUUGCAGCUAAGAAAUUGCAGAAUUGUUGUUUUGUUUCUCUCUUUACAUUUUUCUCUGAUAACAUUAAAAUGAUCCUGAGUUGUUGUACUCUAGGAAUGUGAUUAAGGAUAUUGGAUGGUAAAUUGUAUACCUGGGUGACCUUGGUCUGUCACUAAUGGAGGAUGGGUCAUCCUUCGUCAUUUAAUGUCGCACCAUAAACUUCUGUGUUUUAGCCAUUACCUCUUUUUUAAAGAAAAUUGAAAAUGAAAUUAUCUUUUGUAAAUUUUCAUGUAUUCCUUAUUCUUCCUUCUGUGCAAAAUGAUAUAUUGUAAAUGUACAUUACGUGUAGAUUGUAACAAACUGAAGUUUUUUGUUUGUUUUUUUGAUUUGUAUGUGUGAGAAUGAGGGUUCUCAGAGUCACUGCAGUUAGGGUCUUUUCCUAUGGGGAAAGUUUUCUGGUCUGAGAAUGGAACUAGUGUAAAAUUUUGUACAAAUUGCUGGCUAACUUUUUCUGUUCUCAGACCAAUAUAAAAAUGUUUAAAUGAAAUUUACCAAACUUUACCCAAAUGAAACCGUAAUUUUGAAACUCAUUUUAAACAUGCAUGUUAAAAAUUGUACAUUUCUGUGUUUAACUAAUGUAACCAUUUGAAGUUAACUAGCUCCAAACUCCAGUCGAUAUUUUAAAAAAAAGUAAGUUCCUGUUACUAUAUCGAUUUUCUAUUUUAGACAAAUGAAUUAAGUGUAGAACUUGUUUUUGAAUUGUUCUGGGACUUGGGUGUGGGUACUGGUGAUAAUGAUUGUACAACACUGGAGUAUUGUACAGUUUGAAUCAUCCCGCUAUCACAUAGUUAUGGCAAUGGAUUUAUGGUUAGAAGUGUUUAAGUAAGAGAAACUGAAUAAUCUGUGAAAAAAGGACAAUUGUAUAUGUCAUCCUUUCCUUGUAGUCCUCAUUUGAAAAGGCCCUAACAAUUUGAAAUGGAUAUUGUGCAUAAUAACGUACUUAUUAUAUUACUUAUUUCAAGAAACGCAGUUUGUUUCAGCAAAAGAAAAAAGGCACUGCCACAUCCCAAAAAAACUAACUUUAGUUUGGGUAUUGACAAUUUUUUCCUUGUAUUGCCUCUUGAAGAUAUUUAUGUGUUAACCAGCUUUGUAAUGUCAGUACCACAUCACAUGCAGAGUACUCGCAUACAGUUAUAUCAGAAUACAAUGCUGAUUGUUCUGGUGGCUACAGAUAGCUUUCUUUGUGUAACACUUUAAUUUGUUGUGACCUUUAUGAAAUUAUGCCCAAGCUAUAUGUAAAAGUACAACACAGAGCAUUAUGAUUGGGUUCUGGGAAAGAUUGACCUGUUCUCAUCAGCUAGUUGAAGCAUGCAAGUAAAUUGUUCUACAAGCCAUGCCUUGCACUUCAGAAAUAUUUUGAACCGCCAAUCCAUUUCACUGAAUCAGUUCAAAACACUAUUGUCUCUCUAAGCUUUAGUUAAAUCCUCAGUACAUUAAACAUUGUUAUAUUUUGUUAGCUUUUAGAAUUCUGAACAGCUAGGAUGCACAGUGUUACUUACCCGAGUUAUUUGUCCAUUCUCAUAACAUCAAACUAUUUAGGCGAAAAAUAUAUCAUUGUGUUGUCACACUGACUACUUGGGUUACUUUUUGACUGGAAAUAACUGGUUUAUAUUCAUUGCUCACCACCAAAAAUCUCUUAAGAAAAAAAUAAUUUAUAAUUCAUCUUGAUGAAAAAUAACACAGAUAAUUUGUUUGGAGAUCGGGCAUGAAAUUUGAUGUGCAUUUAAUGUGGAAGGCAGUGGGCAAAGCAGUGAUGAUGGCAUGUGGUUUGACCAAUAGUCAUAGAGUCACAGCGUGGAAACAGGCGUUUUGGCCCAACAUGCCCACACUGACCAACAUGCCCUACCUACACUAGGUGUGGUAGAUGGUCACAUUCUUGUGACUGAGCCUCGUUUCAGUAAAUUGAGCUUCCAGUACUGAACAUUCAGGUUGGAAGUUUUGCAUUUGCUCUGAAGAACCCACAAAAAAAUAAUAUUUAGAUGAACUGGAGUGAAGACUCCAGUGUACAAGAGGAUUAUUGUGGCCCAGCUCAUUCAGUGUUUGUUUCCACUCAGAACAUGUGCUCCAUUGAGUGAAAGACUGAAGAUAAACCAAUGUGUCGCUCCAAUUUUGCAAUCCCAAUGUGAAUUUGGAGCGACACAUUGGUUUAUCUUCAGCCUAAAUGAUCACGUGGUUCUCAUAGUUGGAGAUUCUGUUCACUUGCCUUUCAAACUAUUCCAAAAUUGCAGUUAAAUAAUCAUCACUGGCAACAAGGUGGUUAGUGCUGCAUCAUUAUUUAUAGCUCGUAAAUGACCUGUUACCACCCACAACUAUUUGACAACAUCCUAAUGCUAUUAGAUACUAAGUGGGUAAAAGCACACUGUUAGCUUGUUCAGAUGAACUUUUUGAAAUACAUUGAUUAUUUAUGUAUGCAUGGUCUGUCACCUCUGUUCUUACCAGCACUGAAUGUUGUGAGAUGUCCAGUCUGCAAUUCGAUAUUUCAUUAUGUAAAAUAUGUUUAAUUAAUGGAUUAAAAAGACUACAUUUACAAUUUGUCAGCACA